UAUAUAUGCACUUUGCAAACUCGCCGGGAAUGUAAAACGUUAAACUGUUAUAUGAUUAUACUUCCAGUUGUAUGUAUCUCUUUUUAAAACAAACUCACUUUUGUUGCUUGCGUUGUGAUAUCUUGGCGGCAAUAGAAAGGAGAGAGGGAAAAGAAGGUAGGAGAAAGGUAAAAGUAAACAGUGAAAUGAAGAAAGAAUUAAAGUAGAAGGAGGAUAGUUUUUAAAGAUAUUAAAACGUCUGUAAAAGACGAUUCCCAAAAGGAAUCAGUAAACGAUUCCAUUUUAAUGUUCAUGUAAAAUAUUAAUAGUAAGGUUGUUGAAGACCUUAUUGUAAAUUUAAGAUUUUCGCGAAAAUUUUCUUUGUAGACACAUUUGUGAUGUGAUGAACGAGAUUUUAUUGAUGUAAUUCUUUGCAAUACAAAGACUUGCAGAAUGGCUUCUAAUAUGCAAUCUUUCCCGCGAAUGCUGAAAAUGUUGCGGGAAAAUAGCAAUAUCAAGGAAAAACGUGAAGCUUUAACCUAUAUUCGCAGUAACAGCAAGAAAUUAGAAUCUACACAAGUUAUUAAAGAAGAACAAUAUAAAGAAUUAUGUAAACUAAUUGUAGAUGCAUUUGCAAAUGGAAAUAAUGAUAUACAAAAUGAAGCAUAUGAAACAUUAAAUGUAGUUAUCCAAGAGUUUAAAGACCAUACUCUGAAUCUAUUUGAAGCUAUAUCACAGAUAAGUCGAAAACAUAGAUUAAAAAUUUUAAAAUUAUUAGAAGUAGUUGAAGAAAAUGCUAUAUCAACAUUUGUACAUGAUCCACAUGCUGUAAAUUUUUUUAAUAAUUGUAUGUGUGCAGUACAAACAAAUACAAUGCCAUGGAUUGCACCAACUGCAUGUGUAGAUAAUCUUCAAGCAUUAAUAGAUGCUGAAAGUAAACCAUUAUCAGAUGACCAAAGAUUAGAAGAAGAAACAGUUAAUUAUUGCAUAACUUUUUUAAGAAGAUUAUAUAAAGUGGCUGCAGUAACAUCAGAUAUUAAAGUUCAAAGGUUUAAUGCAAUAUUAAUAGAUAAAGUAAUGGUAUUAGCUUAUAUGGGACAUAAACGACAACGAGGUCCUGCUUUAAAACUUUUACAACAAGCUCUAACUGCAAAUAUAUUACCACAUGUUCGUACCAAACUAGCAUCUGCAUGGACUCGAUAUAUAGAAGCAUUACAGUCUACAUACUGCAAACGUAUGUUACUUUUAGUAUCUGCAUGUGAAUUAGAUUGGGCUACACAGUGGAAUGUUAGCAUCCAGUUUCUUGGUGUGGAUCUUCACCGUGGUGCUGGUUUAAUAAAUAAUUUAUUAAGUGUAGAAGAAAAGGCAUUUAAAUCUACUGAUACAAUUAUACGCAGACAAGCAUUCCUUUCAUGGAAAUUAUUGGUGGACAAUUUCGCCUUAGAUCCACAUGAACUUGCUAGUGCUAGAAGAAUAAAGUUGUUAUGUAUUCCAUUGAAUGCUAAAAAUAGUAAGACUGAAUUAAUAGCAUUGACAAAAUUGGAAGUCUGGUGGCAUGUGAUCAUUAAACUUUAUAAAGAUAUUUCUAAAUUUGUUAAUCCUGUAAUCACACAAUUCUUAAACUUUUGUUUUGGACCUCUUGGAGAUACACCAUUAUUAUCUUCGAAAUUUGACAUAGUAGCUUCUCCAGGAAAGAGAUUUUUUAAAACAAAAGUUGUUGCAGUAGAUGCUUUAUAUCAAUUUCUUGUUUCAAAGCAAGAAAAUCAUACUGCUCCAGUAUUGGAAGAAAGACUCCCAUAUCCUAUAUCUGAUGCUAUUUUUCAAGAAUGUUAUAAAAGUAUAAUUCACAGUGUAGGAGAAGUUUUACUUGUUUUUAGUCAACUUACAGAUGAAGAAAUGAAAAACAGAUAUCAAGUUGGUAAAAUAUUAUGGAAAAGUUUAGUCAAUUAUAUACGCGAAUCAAAAUUGGAAGAUAAGUCUAUUAUGUACAAGGAUAUAACAUUAGUUAUUACAGAAUUAACAAAUUAUGCUAAAAAUAAACCAAUGAUUAGAAAUUUAAUUCUUGAUACAAUUUUAUUUGAAAUUGCUGAUUUAAGUACAGAUUUUAAUUUUCAAGAUGAUACAUUAUCAAAGUUAGUGUUUAAACUUCUACAAAUUCCAAUUUUAAAUGAAGCUAAAAAGGAUCAUUAUAAUGCAUUAAAAUGUCUUUUCUGGCAAUGUAUUAAAUCUCAAAAGGAAAAUAUCUAUUAUUCACAUGCAUUUAAUUGCUUAAAAGAAAUGUAUGAAAAAUUACAUGCACUAUUAAAUAUAGCAAAUAAAAACGAAUCUAUCAUUUUUGAAUUAUGGCUUAUGUUAGGAGAUGUGUUAGGAAAAUAUAUGAGUGAUAUUCAAGAAAUUAAUGAAGGAACUACUACAGAACAUAAUUUAAAAACUGUUCAAUCUAUUGUAGUAUUUCCAUUUAUGUAUAUACAUUUACAAGAUCAAAAACAAAUUCAAGAAUUGGCAAAAGCUUGGAAAUAUUUAUAUAAACAUUUUGAAAUGCGAACAGAUCUUAUAACAACUGUAAAAUCUAACGAAAUUUUAUUAAAUAUUGCAAGUAUUAUGCAACAUUCUAUAACAAAAAACAAAGAAUCUCCUUAUCUUACUAUAUACUGUUUAGAUAUUUUGUUAAGUACUAUCAACUAUAAGUUAUUGCUGGUAAAUACAGAAAUUCCAUCUGUUAUACAUCUUAUUGUGGAUCUUGUAUUAUAUUUUUUAUCUGAAAAAGAAGCUAAAGAAUGUGAACUUGCUCUUAAAGCAAUGUCAGCCACAAUUAUUACUAUUUAUGGACAUAAUCCAGAAAAAAUAACACCAUAUUUGCAAGUUUGUAAAUCUGUAAUCGAACUUAUACUUCAGUCUGAAUUAGAAAUGUUAAACAAAGAAGUAGCAAAUACAUGGGAAAGUAUAAUUAGCAUUUUUAAAGAACUUGGUAAAGUGAUAAAUUAUGAUCUUUUUUCAUCUUAUAAAAAACUUAUUAUUCAAGCUUUAAAUCAUUCAAAUGUUGAUAUACAAAUUCAAACUGCAUCUCUCUUUGAAUCAAAAAAUGUCUUCAGUGAUAGCAUUAAAUUAUUGUUGGAAGAGAUAGAAAAAGAAAUAGGGAAAGAUAAAGUAUUAAACAUAUCAGAAAUUAUAAAAAAGGAACAUGCUCAAAUUGAGAAAUUACCAAACCAAAUAAAAAUAGUUGGUAGUUUUUUAAAAGGAUCUAAUAGCCCAAAAUUGAUAGUUAAAGAAUCAGAUAAAAAUGUGGAUAAAAAUAUAGGAAAGAAAGCAUCAAUUGAUUCUGAUUCACAGGAUUAUGUCUUUAUUAAAACAGAUUUAAAAUUUGAUGUUAAUCGCUUAACGGAACAUCAAAAAGAAUCUUUAAAACGUAGAAGAGAAGAUAUACCAGCAUUAUAUAAUGAUUUGUCGCAAUCUUCUUCACAAGAUACUCAAAAUUUACAAGAAUGGUUUGACAAAAAAAAUAAAAUUUUUGAAGAAACAGAAAAAGAACAUAAUAAAAAAGAUAAUAUAUCAAUAAAAAAUAUCUUGGAUGAUGAUGCAAAUAAAGAAAACAAAAUUGAAAUACAAGAAUUAGAAACAAUUAAUAAAUCAUUUAUUGAAACAGAUACAAAAUCAAUAGAUAGUGUUGAACGAAAUAUAGCAUUAGAAUCUGUACAAAAAACAAAAGUUAAUGUAGACAAUAAUGAAAUUUUACUUAUAGAAAAACAAACGGCAAUAGUAGAAAAUGCUUAUGACAAUGCGGAAGCAAAAACUUCAGCAGAUUUUGUAUCGAAAAACUUAGAUACUAAUAUUCAAGAAGAAUUGUUAAAAAAUAAAGAUGACCAAAGACUAUCUCCGUCUGUAUUAGAUAAUAGUAAGCGGCGCAAUCGUUUCAAUAUUACUGUAAAAUCUACUUUGCCAAAAUCAGAAGAAAUUGUUAAUAAUCAACCAGAACAAUAUUCAAGUACUACUGAAGUUUUGCAAAGAACAUUAAGGACAAAAGUAAUUCAAAGCAAGUCUGAAACAACCACUAAACAAAAAGCUUCGGAAAAUAUGGAAAAUAAAUCGACCAAAGAGGAUAAAAGAGGUAUUAAACGUAAAUUGGAUAAUGAAAACGAAGGAACUAAUCUGCGUCAACGGAGAAAAUUGAUGGAUACGACUAGUGAUGUUGAUAGCUGUAAAUCUUCAGAAAAUGAUAAAAUUUCGAUAGAUGAAGCGAAUUUGAGUCAACGUACAAGAAAUGAGAUAUCUCGUUUACGUAUAAAUAUGGUAUUUGAUAGUCCUUUAUCAACUAGUCGUCGAUCAAAGAGUCACGAAGAUACUAAUAAAGAAUUCAUUGCUAAAAAAUAUUCAAUAGAAAAUAAAGGUGCUAAAUUAAAGGCUGGAGAUAUAAAAAUAAGUGAUGUAAAGAAAAUUCAAAAACUUAAUGAUAAAGAAUUAAAAGUUAAAGCCAAACCAGGAAGAAAAAGAUCUGAUGAAAAAUAUUUAAUAAAAAAAGAUAAAAAAAAUGAAUCAGAAGAGCAAAAAAAAGUGGAAGAAAAGAAAAAAGAAGAAAUUAAACAUGUAGAAGUUAUUUCCAAAAAUAUAACAGAUAAUAAAUGCGAUUCAUUUGAUAUUGAAAAAUCUAUUGAAUCUAAUGAUGAUGUUAAACUCAAUGAAAGUAAAAGUCACAUUCAGGAUGAUAUGGAAGACAUAAUAGAAGAUUCACAAGGAUUAUCAAAAUUAGGCAGAAAUAGAUUGUUAAAAGUAAAACUUGAAAUUAAUAAAAUUGAAGAUAUAAAAAAAAUUUCACAGGAUAAUAAGAAUGAAUUAAAAGAAGAUAAAGAAAUAGAUGAAAAAAAACAGAAAGAAACUAUACAGACAGAAAUUAUUUCAAAAAAUAUAGAUAAUAAAUGUGAUUUACUUGAUACAAAAAAAUCUAUUAAAAUUAAUGUUGAAAUAGUUAAUAAUAAUAACAAUAACAACAACAAUAACAACAAUAACAACCAUAAUAAUAACAAUAAUAAUCAUAAUAAUAAUAAUAAUAAUCAUAAUCAUAAUAAUAUAAAUAAUGAUGAUAUUAAAUCAGAUAGUAAUAUACAAACUAUGAAUCAAGAUCAUGAAUCCAUUGAAGGAAAAAGUCAAAUUCAGGAUGAUAUGGAAGAUAUAAUAGAGAAUUCACAAGAAUUAUCUGAAUUAGAGAAAAAAUAUGAUGAAAAGCAAUAUUUCAUAAAAAUAAAUAGAAUUGAAGAUAUUUCUUCUUCAGUGAAAUGUCAUGAAAUUACAAUUGAAGAUGAGGAAGUAUCUGAAAUUAUUUUAAAUAAUUGUGAUAAUGACAAUAUUGAAGUUCCUAAAGAUAAUAUUAAGGAAUUUGAAGAAACCAAUGAAAUUAAUAUGAUUGAACCAAAGAUUUCCUCUUCUGUUAUUGAAAAUAAUUUAUGUGAUAAUGAAAAAGAUACUAUAGUUGAUGUGCAAAAAGUAAAUGAUGGAUUAGUAUCUAAAUCUUUGCUCGAAUUUUCCUCACCUAAAAGUACUAUGAAACGUCAGGCAAAAUUUAAAUCCUAUUCAUCUUAUUCAACACAAGGACGUGCUGCUCAUAUGAUAGGAUUAGUAACAAAACAAGCUAGAAUGGAAACCGAAUCCUGUGUUAUAAAUUUAGAUGAUGAACUAGUAGGUAAAAAAAUAAAAUCCAAAGAUACAGAUAAUGAUAUAUUGCUUGGAAAGAAAGAACAAGGAUCUGUAUUAAAAGAGGCUGAUAAAAUAACAGCAUUAUGUAGUAGCAGACAAGAAAAAAUUUUUAGUAAUAUGAGAUCAACAGAUUAUUGUCCUUCACCUCCAAUAAAAUUAUUUUCUAAUUUGAAAAAUGAUGGAGAAAAAAUUUUCUCAAAAACAGACAAAUCAAUAGAUAAUGCACUUAUACAAAAUGAUAUACAAACUGAUAAAAUAGGAGAAGAAACUCUUGAAGCAGAUGAAUUACCAAUUUUGGAAUGGUCAAAUGCAAAUCCACCUUCAUUAAAUGCAAGUCCAAGUGCAAGUAUAUUGAAACGUCAACGGCAAUAUUUUCCAGAAUCUGAUUCAGAUAUAACUCCUAAUAAGAGAAAAAGAGUAAGUUUUGCGGAUCCUCCGGUUUCGAAAGAAAUGGGAUAUGAGAUUACAUCUACUGAUUCACCUCAUAAAAUUAAUAAAUUUACAUCACGUGGAUUAUUAGCACGUAAGGAUUCGUCACUAAGAUUAAAACAAAUUAAACAAAAAUUAACAUCAGUUGAUUCAGAUAAAUUAGAAAAAAGUGAAGAAAUCGAUAUGACAAGUGUAUCUGAAGUUGACUUACAAUGUGAAAGAGAAAAUGAAUUAUUAACAAAAAUAGCUGAAGAAUUAGAAUAUUCAGAGAAUGUCACAAUAGAUAGUGAUGUACAAACAUCAUGUGAUUCUGUAGAAAAUGAAUCAAUAAAUACUGUUCCUAUAAUAGUUAAUAAAGAUAAUAAUAUUAAAAUUAAUAAUUUAAAUGUUGAAUUUGAAAUUACUCAACAUAUAGAAUCAACAUCUAUGAAUAAGAUAGAUCAAAAUAAAGAAGAUAAAAUUUUAGAAAAAUCAAAAAAUAGUAUUAAUUUAGAAAAUAAUGAGUUUAAUGAUUCAGCAACACAAACAGAUAUAUUUGGAGUAGAUGCAAAAGAAAGUAGUACAGAGACUUCUAUUAAUAUUGACAUAAGUGCUAUACAAAAUACAUCUAUUAAAAAUAAUACAUUAGAUCUGCUUAAAUUCAAUGUUGGAAAUGAUUCUAUAAUAGAACAUUCAUCAGAAAAAUGUAUAAAUUCUGAAAAUUUAGAAGAUACAGCAGAUGCAGCAAAUCUUACUGAAUUGAAUUCUUCUGCAAAUUUAGAUGAAAUCUUUUGUGGAAAAUUAAUAAGAACCAGUACACAAUCAACAGAAAAUUUACACGAACAAGAUACUUUACCAGUUACAGAUUCAGUAUUUGGUAGUUUACCUUUGAGUCAAGAUAGUCAAUGUACAAACGAAUUUAAUGUAGAAGUUCCACAUCCAGAAUUAUUAGAUUCAAUUCAACCUAUAUAUCCUACAUUAAUAUCGUGUAAGGAACCUAUAACAUCUAUCAUUGAGCAUUUGACUAAUCCUCUUUGGGUGCAACAUUUAUCUACAUAUUUUAUAAAUAGAAAUAUUCAAUCUAUUGGUGAUCUUGCACAAUUAUCUGAACGUGAAAUAAAUAGAAUACCAGUUAAAGGUAAUUCAAAAAUUGAAUUUGUAAAAAAUGUAUUAAAAUACUUCGAAAAAAAAUAUGUUUCAAAAGAAUUAAAUAAUACAAUGGAAAAUGUAGAUAACGUUUUAAACAAUGAAAUAUCACGUUCUGUAAAUAUUAAUGUACUUUCAUGUUCUACACUGAAAGUAUCUCAAGAUCAAGUAUUAAAAGACAUUACAACAAAUAUUGAUGAAACACAUAAUAAAGUAAAUCAUAAUGUAACAUUAAAUCAACCAAGUUCUAGUAGAACUUGUGACGUUGUUAUAACCGACAAGAAUACAGAAACGACUGUAUCAAAAUCAUCAGAUAUAACAUCUUCAGAUAUAAUACAAAUUAUAAAUAUACCAAUAUCACCUAAAAUAGUUACUUCUACAUCAGAAAGUAUUAUUGGAAAUUCUACUCCUUUUAUUAGAAGUGCAAUAUCAUCUAUACAAACAACAAAAACUGUUGGAACUUGUACUAGUAGUGAUUCUAUUUAUCUAUCUAAGACAGGAGUGAAUAAAGCAACAAAAUCGGUCGCAGCACAAAUGGCUUUGGAAGAUUUGUUAGAUGAAAUAGAUGUUAAUUUAGUGCUAGAAAGUGCAGCAAGAAGAUGCACACCAGAUAAACUUCUUAUCCAAUAUAAGGAUAAAAUGAGACAUGUAUCGCAGGUAGAACUGGAAACUGAAACUAUCAAAAUACUUGGCGCUGAAAAUAGAAAGAAUUGUAAUGAAAUAACAUUGAAAGCAGCAUGUCGCGCUUGUGGAAUAAACAAAGUUUUACUUCGACUUCCUGAUAUUUUCAGUACUGACAAACAAUUUUUCGUAAAAGUAUUAAAUGCUUAUAAAAAAAAGAUAAAGACUAGUGAUUGUAUGGAUAUUCUUGAUUUUAACGAAGUUAAGGAUGCUGUUUGUCAAAAAUGUACAUCUUCAGAAUUUGCUGAAAUGUUGUCCAAAAAAUUAAAAGAAGAAGAGCAAGAAGGAAUAAGAAAACCUAUGACAGAAUUAUCUAGUUUAGAUGCAAUGUUGAAAAGAAUGCCAAUGGAUGUAAUCAUUAGUCAUACAGUGGCAAAUGAUGAAUUAAUACCGUCACGUGUCGUUUUAGACAUAGCUUUACAAAAUAAUAGUCCAACUGAUAUAAUACAAGCUUUGGAAUCUCAAUCCUCUGUAGUUACUCAGAAUGUUUUCAACAAACUUUGGUCUUCCCAAUUUGCAGUCGAAUAUAUUAAUCAAUGUAAAUCUAAGGAGGAUUUAUUAAAGAUUUUCAAAGCAAUUAGCUUAAAACUCAGUCAGCAAGAUCUUCUUCAAGCAUUUUAUGAAUCUAUGAAUGUUAAAUUAAUGGUAAAGCAGGAAAAUGAUUAAAGUUCACAUUUAUAUUUACAGAUCCUUCUGUAUAAUAAUUUUUAUCAUUAAUAUUGUUUAUAAACGUAAGUUGAUUCUCAAUAAUAUGAUCCUCGACAUUAAAAUGUAUUAUAUACUAUUUUUUCUUCUCAAACUAAGUUUCAUGAAGAAAUCUUUUAGUGAUAUUAUAUUACAGUAUAAUGACAAGUAAUAUGACAUUUGUUAACAAGUACUAAAAUGUAGAAGAUAUUUAUUUAAAAAA